AUGUUUGCCACCUUCGGAUCCAGUGUUUAUGCGCCUGCUGUCAAUGAGAUUGCCCAAGAAUUCAAUAUUGGCACAGAGGUCUCCAUCCUGGGGAUAUCACUCCUACUGGCUGGAUUCGGGAUUGGACCGCUGAUUUGGGCGCCCCUGAGUGAGGUGURUGGUCGCAAAAUUGCCGUGCUGACACCCUUCUUCAUCGCUGCCAUGUUCACCUUCGGGGCCGGGGCUGCAAAGGACGUCCAGACCUUGAUGAUCACAAGGUUCUUCCAGGGGUUCUUUGGCAGCGCGCCGGUGACGAACACUGGAGGUGUGCUUGGAGAUAUCUGGUCGGCAGACGUGCGUGGAGUGGCGAUGAUCGGGUAUGCGAUGGCUGUGGUCGGUGGGCCGACUUUUGGACCCGUCAUUGGCGGAGCGAUCAUUGUUACCGGUACGGGAUGGCGCUGGACGCAGUACGUGACUGGCAUUGGGAUGAUGUUUAUGGUGGUCCUCGACGUCAUCGUGUUGGACGAAAGCUAUUCACCCGUUCUGCUGGUUAAGAAGGCUCGUGCGCUUCGAUAUGAAUCCGGAAACUGGGCAUUGCAUGCUCCACACGAGGAGUGGAACGUCACGCUCUCGGAAUUGAGCCAUAAGUACCUCGUUCGGCCAUUCCAAUUACUCACGACCCCGAUAUGCUUUUUGAUGGCGCUAUACGCCUCCUUCUGUUAUGGAAUACUGUACGCUUCUUUGGCUGCAUUUCCCAUUGCUUUCGAGGAGGUGCGUGGCUGGAACGCUUUGGUAGGCACCCUGCCUUUUCUGGCAAUGCUCAUUGGAAUCCUCAUCGGCGCGGUCGGCAACUACUGGAAUCAGAAGUUUUAUGUUGCCCGAUGGAAAGCCAAUGACUUCCGACCUGUGCCUGAAGCCCGUCUUCCUCCAAUGAUGGUGGGCUCGGUCGUCUUCGCCGGCGGCCUCUUUACAUUUGCUUGGAGCUCCGGCGCUAAAGUGCAUUGGAUCGUGCCGUGCAUCGGCAUCGCGUUGGAGGGCAUAGGCUUCUUUACGAUUUUCCAAAGCGCCCUCAACUACUUAAUUGAUACCUUCCAACGAUAUGCAGCAAGUGCGGUGGCGGCCAAUACGGCCCUUCGGUCAGUUUUCGCCGCAGCUUUUCCACUGUUCAUCGCCCCAAUGCUGCAUUCUCUGGGUCUCGGAUGGGGGAUCAGUAUAUUCGGCUUCUGUGCAGUGGCAAUGAUCCCAAUCCCAUACCUCUUCUAUUUGUAUGGCAAGAGGAUUAGGGCAAGAGGCGUUUGGUCGAGGGAAAGCGUUUAUCCGGAUGAGAGGGCCAAGUGA